UCUACAUUUCCCCUUCUCGGGCCAAAGAAACAGAAACACUCUUGUUUUUACUCGACUUCAAGAUAUCGAGUGCAUUCAUACGGAAUUGUCUAGCUCCUUUGCCGGCUAGGUAGGCCCGCGGCGGCCUUGAAAUGGACCUCUACCGACAAACAAACACCCUCACCAACAAGACACUCAAGAUCAUCCUCGCGCGUCAUUUCACGACGACCCUAUACAGCGCCCUCAUAUUACCUGUCCUCGCCUCCAUCUAUCUUGGCCUAGGUCGGCAGUUCAAUCAGCCCAACUCCAGGUUUGGCUUUGGGGAUCUCCAGGAUGUUCGAUCUCUUGGUGAUGCUCUCGCACAUGCCGGAGGCGGACGAGACACGGUCGCCCUAGUCAACAGCGGCCACACCGGCGGCGAGAUCGACCGAGUCAUCUCCUCCGUCGUGGAGAUAGUCGCGGGCGCGGGAAAGAACGCGAGCAGACUCAAGACAGAAGACGAGCUUGGCUACGUCUGCCGCAGCUCCAUCCGCGGGACGUCGAAAUGCUUCGGCGCCGUCGUCUUCCACUCGUCGCCCGAUGAGGGCAAGGGUGGUAUCUGGAAUUACACCCUCCGCGCAGAUGGUGGCCUUGGCCUCGACUUCAAGGUCAGCUCGGACGAGAAUGACGCGCAGCUUUAUGCGCUGCCGCUUCAGCAAGCAGUCGACCGCUCCAUCGCCGGAGACUCGUUCCCUUCGAAGACGCAGCAAUUCCCGUACACGGCGGAUACGGAAGACGAGCGCGAGGCGAAGCUUCGUCGCGACUACCAAUCGUCCUUUAUCAACUAUCUGAGCGUUGCCUUCCUCAUUGCUCUGAUCGGUGUCUGCUACCACAUGCCUGGCCUCAUCGCCACGGAACGCGAAAAGGGUCUCUCGCAGCUCAUCGAUGCCAUGAUGCCCGCCUCGCACGGUUGGCACCGCCAGUUUGCCCGCCUCAUCUCUCACCACAACGCCUUCAUGGUCACGUAUAUGCCCGGCUGGAUCGUUGCGGCCGUCAUCUGCCGCACCAUGAUCUGGAAGGAAACAAACUAUGGGGUCCUCAUCGUGUUUUUCCUGCUGAGCGGCAUUGCCAUCACAUCAAUGUCCCUGCUCGGCGCCUCGUUCUUCAGAAAGGCGCAGCUUUCGGGCGUCGUUACCGCUGUCGUCUGGAUCGUGCUGGGCAUCGUUGCUCAGGCACUGACAAAUCCUGGCACCGGCGCUGUUGUCGUCCUCAGUCUGCUGUUUACGCCAUGCACAUUUGUCUUCUUCAUCACAUAUGUCGCCCGGUAUGAGCAAGUGGGCAGGGCUACCGAUUUACUCAAGGCUCCUCCCGAGAGCCCGUGGAACCUACCUGGCAUAGUCCUCUGGGUGUUUCUCGGCGUGCACAUCUUUGUCUAUCCGGUACUGGCAGCCUACCUUGAACGAACAUUCCACGGCGUCACAACGGGCGUUCGCAGCUCUGGGCCGUCUAAAGCAGGUCAAUCAGGCGCUUCAGCGCCCGACGUCGUUCGCGUGGAGAACAUGACCAAGAUAUACCGGCCCAGUUUCCUUCGCCGGCUGUUUUCCUUUGUUUCACCGCCACGUCCGAAAGUUGUUGCAGUCGAUGACCUUACUCUUACUGCCAAGAAGGGUCAGAUUCUGGCGCUCCUUGGUGCCAACGGGAGCGGCAAGAGCACUACGUUGGACAUCGUCGCUGGUAUCAGCAACUUUACCAGUGGCAACGUCUCCAUCGACGCAAGCGGCGGCCUCGGAAUCGCGCCGCAGAAGAACGUGCUCUGGGACGAACUCACUGUCGAGGAGCACAUCACCCUCUUCAACCAGAUCAAGUCACCGCAGAAGCAUGCAACCCAAGAGGAGACAAAGGCACUCAUUGACGCCAUUGGCCUACGUCAAAAGGCCAAGGCUGCGUCUAAAACACUCUCGGGCGGACAGAAGCGCAAACUCCAGCUGGGAAUGAUGCUCACAGGCGGGAGCGCCGUCUGCUGCGUUGAUGAGGUGUCUUCGGGCAUCGACCCGCUCUCGCGGCGCAAGAUCUGGGACAUUCUGCUCUCGGAACGCGGCAGCCGCACAAUCAUCAUGACUACGCAUUUCCUAGAUGAGGCAGAUUUGCUUGCAGACAAUAUCGCCAUCCUGUCAAAGGGGAAGCUCCGGGCCGAGGGCUCUUCGGCGCAGCUCAAGGAUACUUUCGGCGCAGGCUACCGUGUUCACGUCCUCAAUUCACGCAAGAUCCAACACGCACCCCAGGUCGCGGGUGUAGACUGCAAGAUGGAAUCAAACACCAUGACCUAUGUUGCACCAACGUCGGCUCUCGCCGCAGAGGUCAUCCGCGUCCUCGAGGCAGAGAAUAUUCCGUACAGAUUCUCUGGCCCUACGAUCGAAGAUGUUUUCCUCAAUCUUGCUGAAGAGGUGCGCGACAAAGAUGUAUAUGGUGGCUCGGUCCGAAGUGAUGGUCGCCCACCUCUGGCAAAGGAGAAGUUGCCCUUUGGCUCGGAAGAUACCGUACUGUCGAAUGGUGGCGCCAAGGACACCGCUCAAGGCCUCCUCUCGGGCCGUACCGUCGGCUGGGCGCAACAAGUCGCGGUAUUUCUUCGCAAGCGACUUGUCGUCUUCAAGACGAACUGGAUCCCAUACGUCGCAGCAUUUCUGAUUCCCAUCAUCGCUGCGGCCAUCACACAAAUCCUUGUCAGGAAUGAAGGGGCGGUAGGGUGUCUGCCCAGCGAACAGAGCAGCCGGGACUCGAACGACGACUUUGAGGAUCUUAUCAACACGGCCAUGAUCGUCAGCGGGCCGUCCUCCAAGUUUGACGGCUCGAAUGUCCUCAACCUUCUCAAGCCGUUGCUUCCCGGUGGUUCUGGGUCGGGUGAUGGAAGCGGCCAGACCUCGGUCGGCAACAUCACGGUCAAGCUGGUCGACUCACUGGACGGCUUCAAAUCCUUCAUCGAGGACAACCGCAAAAAUGUGACGCCAGGCGGCUGGUUCCUAGGCGACUCCGGAACUGUCCCAACCGUGGCGUACAAGGCUGACAAGUACUCGAUGAUCACCGCGGUCAUAACCCAGAACCUGAUGAACACCAUGCUCGCAAACAAGACCAUCGCCACUGCGUAUUCCAUCUUCGACUCCCCGGUGGCACCCGGGACAGGCAAGGCUCUGCAGGUCGUCGUGUACUUUGCCCUCGCUUGUUCCAUCUAUCCUGGUCUUUUUGGGCUGUAUCCCAACGUCGAGCGACGCAUGAACGUGAGGGGGUUGCAGUACUCGAGCGGCGCCCGCACGCUUCCAACGUGGGCAGCGCAUCUCGUCUUUGACUUUUCCAUCAUGCUCGUCUCAAUGGCAUUGGUCACCGUCGUAUUUGCCGCUUCGUCGAGCAUCUGGUACAACAUUGGCUACCUCUUCCCUGUCUUGAUGCUGUACGGGAUGGUCUCGAUCCUCGUGGCCUACUUCUUCUCCCUGUUCUUGGGGAGCUCUCUCGCCACGUACGCCGCUACAUCUGUGCUUCAAGGCCUCGGCUUCGCCGUUUACAUGAUUGCUUUUCUCUACAUCCUCACAUUCUCACCGGCCGCGUCUGCGGACCGCAACGUUCUCAUAGGGCAUUGGGUCAUUUCCGCCAUAUUUCCCACGGGAUCUCUCGUUCGGGCCUUCUUCGUCGCCCUCAAUGUAUUUUCGGCGUCGUGCGACGGUGACAAGCUCAGAGCAUAUCCCGGCGCCAUCACCGCGUUUGGCGGGCCGAUUCUUUACCUCUCGCUGCAGGCCAUACUUCUCUUCACGCUUGUUGUGUGGAUUGAAAGCGGGAGUGGCAAGUUCAAUACGGGGUCGGCUAGAAAGUCAAAUGAAGUCGAUGACCCGGAGAUCGCGGACGAAGUAGACCGCGUUGACGGCCCAGAGGGGCAGAACGAUGGUCUUCGCGUUGUCCACCUGACCAAGGCUUUUGGCAACAACACUGCCGUGGACAAUGUCACUUUCGGCGUGGAACACGGCCAGGUCUUUGCCCUUCUGGGCCCGAACGGCGCGGGCAAGUCGACUACGAUUUCCUUGAUCCGCGGCGACCUCGCUACGAGCAAGAGGGGUGGCGACGUCUUUGUCGAGAACGCCUCGAUCUCCAAGAAUCGACCGCUCGCCCGGCAGAACCUUGGCGUCUGCCCUCAGUUCGACGCCAUCGACUCCAUGACUGUGGCCGAACACUUAGAGCAUUUUGCGCGCAUCAGGGGCAUCACCGACGUGAAGCAUCAAGUCAAUGCCGUGGUUCGUGCCGUCGGCCUCGGCGCCUACACGGACGUUAUGGCCCAUACGCUCUCUGGCGGCAAUAAGCGUAAGCUAUCUCUCGCCAUUGCGCUUACGGGCAACCCGUCCGUCAUCCUUCUGGACGAGCCCUCGUCAGGGCUAGAUGCCGCCGCUAAGCGAAUCAUGUGGCGAACGCUUGAGACCAUCGUCCCCGGGCGAUCGAUCCUCCUCACUACUCAUAGCAUGGAAGAGGCCGAUGCGCUGGCCAAUCGGGCAGGGAUCAUGGCUAAGAGGAUGCUCGCCCUGGGUGCGACUGACUCACUUCGCCACCGCUUCGGCGAUACUCUUCACGUUCAUCUCGUGAGCGAGACGGCACCGCACUCAACGCCCGAGGAGAUGGACCGCGUGCGGACAUGGAUCUUGGGCACAUUUCGGGGCGCUGAGGUUGAGCAGGAGACAUUCCACGGGCAAAUGCGCUUCUCAAUCCCGACGGAAGCCGUCAGGGAACUCCAGAGUCGGAAGAGUGACCACCGAGAAGCAAACGCCGCCGCGGACAGUGGUAGCGCAAUUGGGCAGCUUCUCAUCGUUCUCGAGGAGAACAAGGCCGCGCUUGGCAUCGCUCAUCAUAGCGUCAGCCCCACCACGCUGAACGAAGUGUUCUUGACUAUCGUUGGCCAGCAUGACGUGAUGGAGGAAGGCUACAGGCGGGAGGAGGUACAGACGAAGCCUUGGUGGAAGAAGAAUAUCUGGGAGUUUUUCUAAGCUUUGAUACCAGAGUCGUUUGAGAUUCGUGCGAUUGACGGCUACUUGGGAUGCUUUUUUUCCCAUGUUGAAUGACAGCUACCGGCCAC